AUGCUGCGUUCUCUCAAAAACAAAGCAUCCAACGUUUGGCAGAAGAGGAAGGCCUCGAGAACAACUUCAAUUUCAACUCCACCUCCCGAACUUCAGAUUUCUAGCAGCGCCCUCGCCGAAUCUGAAGUUGACGCGGAGGCUGUCAUUGUUCAUAACGACAUCAACAACAAUCACACUACAGGGAACCCGCCUUCAUACCAAGACAAUCCCUAUCCCCUACCGCCCAAUUCUAUUCCCUCGACAAUCUGGACGCAUCUUGAACAUGAGCAGCAACCUCGACGGCAACCCUCCUAUCCUCUACCGCCGACCUCUGUCCCUUCUACUGUGUCAACACUGUCGAAUUACCAGCCCAACCAAGAUCAUCCUACAGCCCAGGGGCAUAUAGAAGACCCCCUUGAACCAGACCCAGACCCUUAUACCUCGAGAUACGUUCCUUACACAGACGCGAAUCCUCUCAAGAACAACAUGUUUGCCAGACAGGCUGGUAUCUAUGGACGGGUUAACCCGGAUAUCAUGGGAGGUUUCGGAGACGACGAUGAAUCCGUCUGGCUUGUGGAUGAUGAGGAGACGGACCAAGAGCAACACCGUAACAGCCAAAACCUCCUCACUCCAUUUGAAUCUACCUCCCAGUUGGCUUUGUGGUCCUCUGGCUCUCCUUCGUCACACAACUCCCAAACACACUUACAACAACCAGGGGCUCCUCCUGCACCCGCACCCGCACCCGCACAUUUUGCCCAGCCAACCUUUCACUAUCAAAGACCUUCGUUCUUAGAUAAUGACGAUGACUUAGUUUUCGGUCUAUCCCCUGAUAUGGUCACGACCAGUGGGACCACUUCUAAUCAAAAUGAAGAAUUAACACCACAAUCGGGCUACGCUCCUAUUUCAGCAUCGAUCCUCGACCUAACAAGUCUUGGUGUCAACGAUGACUAUACAGAGCCCCUCGAUGCCAGAGAUCACACAGGAUGGCCUAGCAAAAGCCCUCGAACUACUACAGCUACCGCUGGGCCUUCGUCCUCCACUAACCCGUAUGUUGAUUUGUUUGAGCAACAAGACAAUGAUAUGACGAUAGCGUAUCUUCUCCAACUAGAGCAGCUCGAGACCGACGUAGCUAAUGAAUUCAGAUACGAGACCAUCGCAAUGCGGGCAGCCAUGUCGGAGGCCGAUAACUUUGUCUGGUGUACCUCUGGGUGUGGCUCAGGACAGAUUCAUGAGUCUGGGUCAGCUCAACCCAUCGUGACUUGCCUCCACUGUAGCCAUCGUUCUUGUUUCCACCAUGAUGUCGCCUGGCAUGAGACCCUCUCUUGCGACGAAUACGACCAACUGUUGGCUGAUCCGGAGAACUUUCGCUCACAUCUUGAACUAGAGAAUGAAAGGUGGUCAGAUGCACAGCAGGCCCAACUGGAGUCCGACAGAGCCAUGGCUCAAGGCCUCCUGACCGAAGACCGGGCUGAAAUGAAGAGACGGGAAGACCGGGCUGAAAUGAAGCGGCGGGAAGACCGGGCUGAAAUGAAGCGGCGGGAAGACCGGGCUGAAAUGAAGCGGCGGGAAGACCGGGCUGAAAUGAAGCGACGGGAAGACCGAGCUGAAAUGAAGCGACGGGAAGACCGGGCUCGUCAGGAGAGGGAAGACCGGGCCCGCCAGGAGAGGGAAGACCGGGCCCGCCAGGAGAGGGAACAGGCCCAAAAGGCCGCAAAACUCGCCCGACAAAUUGCAGCCAGAAGAAAGAAAGAAGAGGCACAGAGCAAUGCAACUGUUAGCCGUACCACCAGGCCCUGUGCCGGAUGCGGAUGGGCGAUUGAAAAGAACAAAGGCUGCUCACACAUGACUUGUUUUAGGUGCAAGCACGAGUUCUGCUUCGAAUGUGGUGCAAAUCACCGAGACAUCAUGCGUGGCGACAAUAGUAUACACAAGAAGACAUGUCCCCACCAUCCGGAUAAUCUUCCAGCAUAG